CAAACCCUUCCUUCCUUCAACCAUCUUCUCAUUUUUAAGCUCCAUGGCCACAGAUCUCUCUGUCAUCUUACCUCGUGUCCUCAUUGUCUCUAGAAGAACCGUUCGAAAGAACAAGUUUGUAGAUUUUGUGGGUGAAUAUCAUCUAGAUCUUAUAGUAGGAUAUGGAGCUGUACCAGUCAUCGUCCCCCGAGUCACCGGAGUUCACAUGUUACUGAACAGCUUCGAGCCAAUCCAUGGUGUCCUCCUCUGUGAAGGAGAAGACAUUGAUCCAUCUUUUUACGAAGCCGAAACACCGAAUUUAUCACCGGAAGAGCUGGAAGAAAUCAGGAGAGUCCAUGCAAGUGACACAGCCAUAGACAGAGAAAAGGACACAAUUGAAUUGAGACUCGCGAAGCUUUGCCUCGAAAGGAACAUACCCUACUUGGGAAUAUGCAGAGGGUCACAGGUCCUAAAUGUUGCAUGUGGGGGUACCCUUUAUCAGGACAUAGGGAAAGAGCUAUCAGAGAAGUGUCCAGAAGAGAAGAGAGUGGUGCAUAUGGACUACAACAACUAUGAUGGUCAUAGGCAUGUGGUUAGGGUUUUAGAGAACACUCCUUUGCACCAAUGGUUUAAUGAUUCUUUGGAUGAUGAGAAAAUGCAGAUUUGGGUUAAUAGCUAUCAUCAUCAAGGUGUCAAGAAACUUGCUCAACGUUUUGUUCCAAUGGCGGUUGCGCCGGACGGUCUGAUCGAAGGGUUUUAUGAUCCAGAUGCUUAUAAUCCUGAAGAGGGUAAGUUUAUAAUGGGGCUCCAGUUUCAUCCAGAGAGGAUGAGGGGAUCAGAUUCUGAUGAUUUUGAUUAUCCAGGGUGUCCUGCUGCUUAUAAGCAAUUUGUGAAGGCAGUGAUUGCUUAUCAAAAGAAGCUUAGUGGCUCAGUAAGUGUGAUCAAGUCACCAAAACUUGAUCAAGAAGUGGAGAAGAAGAGAAAAGUUCUAGUUAAAAGCUUCUCUCUUGCUAGAAAUCUAUAUGUGGGAGGCCGUGGAAUGCAACCCUGUAAACAAUCUGAACUUGAAGUUGGAGCAGAAUUUCUUGAGUCAAACACAGCCUUGAGUCUGCAACAAGAGAACAGGCUGAAGCAGAUGGGUGCAACAGUGAGGAAUGCAUCAUCCUACUUGGACAGAUUGGAGUUGAAUGGGGAGAGAGAGAGGCUAGCUAGAAAUAUGAUGGGGAAGAUGUCUGUUGAACAGUUGUCAGAUCUGACGUCAUUCUAUCACAUGAUGGGGCGUGUUUGUUCUGAAUGCGGAAACAUACCGGACAUCGGCUACCCUUUCUGGGGAGGAACCCGGCCGGAGUACUGUGGUCACCCCGGGUUCGAGCUCACUUGCCAGACCGAUGCAUCCCUGCUCACAAUCAACUCAACAACAUACCGAGUACUCGCAAUUCAAAACACAUCACGAGAGCUCACAGUUGUUAGAAAUGAGUUCUGGAACAACACUUGUCCCACAGAUCUCCACAACUCCACCUUAGACACAACAAAUUUCACCUACAGCACCAAUUCACAGGAGUUGACGCUCUAUUAUGGUUGUCCUGCUGUUCUCACACAAGUGCUUCCCAAUCAGUUUAAUUGUAGUAACUCCAUAAGUUAUUAUGUGACUAGUAGUGUUACAUUACCCAACUCUAUUAAUGGCUCUGUGACAUGCGCUACCAGUGUAAUUGUUCGAGUCAAUCAAUCAGCAGCUGCGGCUUUGGCAAACGUCACGCCAUCGAUAACUAUUGGAGCAGCUCUUAAUGGUGGUUUUGGGUUGCAGUGGUCGGCAAAUGAUACGUAUUGCAGCGAAUGUGUUGAUUCCGGUGGGCGGUGUGGGUACAAUUCGAGUACCAGUUCGUUUGCUUGCUUUUGCUCGGAUCAACCUUAUGAGUUUAAAUGUGACUGUGUAGUCUUCAAAACUUCCACAACUCUCUCUCCAAACAAACAAAAAAAAAAUAAAAUAUAUAUAUAUAUAUAUAUAUAUAUAUAUAUGAAUCCCCAAUUCUCCAUUUUUCCAUUCUUGUUCAUAACCUUCAUUUUAAUCCAUAUCCCAACAUCUUCAUGUGCCGAUGAUGAGCAAUAUGUGAACUGUACUCAGCUGCUCCAGUGCGGAAACAUACCGGACAUCGGCUACCCUUUCUGGGGAGGAACCCGGCCGGAGUACUGUGGUCACCCCGGGUUCGAGCUCACUUGCCAGACCGAUGCAGCCUUGCUCACAAUCAACUCAACAACAUACCGAAUCCUCACAAUUGAAAUCGCAACAUGGGCACUCACAGUUGCUAGAGAAGAAUUCUGGAACACCACUUGUCCCACAGAUCUCCACAACGCCACCUUAGAUACAUCAAUUUUCAACUACAGCACCAAUUCACAGGACUUGACGCUCUAUUAUGGUUGUCCUGCUGUUGUCAUGCCAGGGCUUCCCAAUCAGUUUUAUUGCAGUAACGCCAUAAGUUAUUAUGUGACUAGUAAUGUUACAUUACCCAACUCUAUUUAUGGCACAUGCAAUACCAGUGUAAUUGUUCGAGGCGAUCAAUCCGCAGCUGCGGCUUUGGCUAGCCUCACGCCAUCGAUAAGUAUUGCAGCAGCUCUUUAUGGUGGUUUUGGGUUGCAGUGGUCGGCAAAUGAUACGUAUUGCGAAGAAUGUGUUGGGUCCGGUGGGCGGUGUGGGUACAAUUCGAGUUCCAGCUCGUUUGCUUGCUUUUGCUCGGAUCAACCUUAUGAGUUAAAAUGUGACCUCUCAAUGACUCUUCACUGUCCACAAAUGCCUCUCUCUCUCUCCUCCACUCUCUCUCUCUCCUUCUCUACACUUGUCACCGCCGUCCUCCUCCUCUUCUCCGCCCACCUCACCACCUCCUCCGCCGCCGACGAUGUCACUUACCCAAAUUGCACCAACACCUUCACUUGCGGUUCCCUCCAAAACAUCACCUACCCGUUCACCGGCGGCGACCGCCCGGACCACUGUGGACUACCGGAUUUCCACCUCAGCUGCCGCGACAAUAUCACCGAGUUCACCACCAAUUCGGUGACCUAUCGUGUUCUCCAAAUCAACCAGAGUGAGAAAGCCCUAACCCUAGCCAGGUCAGAUCUAUGGAACAACACUUGUCCCCGGAAAUUCAUCAAUUCCACUCUCAAUUCUUCGGUUUUCGAUACGAGUGUGGGGAAUGUGGAUCUCACCUUGAUCUACGGCUGUUCUUCGAUUCUGACCGUUAAGCCUCUCAAUCUUUUUGGCUGCAAUGUGAGUGGUGUCAAUGGUAGUGAUGCGUUUUACUUGAAUGGGCCGGUUCCGAGUGAUCCCGUACUGAAAUUAUUUGCGUGCAAUGUUAGUGUCACGGUUCCGGUGGUCGGAGACGCCAGCAAGCGGCUCGCCGGCAACCGGACGACACUUGGGGAGGCUUUGAUGGAGGGUUUUAAUGUCAAUUAUAACGAUCCCUAUGAUAAACAGUGUUUGGAAUGUAUUGGGUUUGGUGGGCAAUGUGGAUUUAGUUCGAAUUUGGGCGAACCUGUUUGUAUUUGCGACGGCGAUAGAGUUUGUUCUGUACCAAGUCCUGCAACAGGGGGUUCUGGUACUCAGACAAAUGUGCCACUUACAAUAGGUCUUGCCCUAGCAGGUGCUGCCAUUUUUGGUAUUGGCGUAGGAUGGUGUAUCUUCUCUUGGAGACAACGAAAGAAAAGAAGACUAGCUGCUCAAUCUGACCAAACUAAAAGCAAAGAUUCUUUGAUUCCUUCUUCAAGCAAAGCCCCUACUACUGUUCCUUCAACCAAUUUAUCUCAAAGCAUUCCAUCUUAUCCCUCUCUGUCCUUGAAGUCGUCUGACCUUGAAAAGGGGAGCACCUACUUUGGAGCUCAUGUCUUCAGCUAUGCUGAACUCGAAGAAGCUACAGACAAUUUUGACCACUCAAGAGAACUUGGAGAAGGUGGCUUCGGCACUGUUUACUAUGGCAAGCUCCAUGAUGGCCGUGAAGUUGCAGUGAAGCGCAUGUUCGAGAACAAUUUUAAGCGUGUAGAGCAGUUUAUGAAUGAAGUUGAGAUCCUGACUCAUUUAAGGCACAACAAUCUCGUGAAGCUGCAUGGAUGCACGUCGAAACGAAGCCGAGAACUCCUCCUUGUUUAUGAAUAUAUAUCUAAUGGAACAGUGGCUGAUCAUCUUCAUGGAAAACAAUCAAAUUCUGGUUCGCUUUCCUGGCCUGUUCGGUUGAGCAUUGCCGUAGAGACAGCUGAAGCGCUGGCUUACCUCCAUGCAUCAGAUAUUAUACAUCGUGAUGUCAAAACCAACAACAUUCUCCUAGACAAAGAUUUUCAUGUAAAGGUUGCUGAUUUUGGGUUGUCCCGACUGUUCCCCACCGACGCCACCCAUGUGUCAACCGCUCCACAAGGUACACCUGGCUAUGUAGAUCCCGAGUACUACCAAAUCUACCAACUCACCAGCAAGAGCGACGUUUAUAGCUUUGGGGUGGUCUUGAUUGAGCUCAUCUCAUCAAAACAAGCCGUGGACACUAAUAGACACCGGCAUGAUAUUAAUUUGGCUAAUAUGGCCAUCAGCAGAAUUCAAAAUCAUACAUUACAUGAGUUAGUCGAUCCUUCCCUCGAGUUUGAAAUGAAUAGUUCUGUAAGAAGGAUGACCACGUUGGUGGCAGAGCUGGCAUUUCGAUGUUUGCAGCAUGAGAAUCAGAUGAGGCCUUCGAUGGAAGAAGCGCUGGAGGCUUUGAAAAGAAUUCAGAGUGAAAUGUUGAAUGGACAAAACGCAGAGGUGGUGGACAUUUUAGUGGAUGAUGUUGGGGUUUUAGAGUCUAACCUUCCCCCCAUGUCACCAGAAUCAGUGGCGACAGAGCAAAGGGGUAGUGAGUCUACACCUCAUUCUAGCAGUUGAUGUUUUCUUAAUUUUUUUUUGCUUGAAUGUUAAAUGUAGUGUAAUAGUAUUGUUAAUUCUCAUGAUCAGAUGUCGCCGAGACACCGAGUGGGUUAGAACUUAGAAUCUCAUUGUAUUUUUAUUCUAUUUUGUUGUUAUAUAGUAGAUAAAUAUGAUGCAUCUUUUUAGAGAUACAAAGCUUAAAGGAAAUGUACAUUGCAAAUGGAGCUGUCAACAACCUAAUUAUGUUCAUAUAUUGAAUUUAUUUGUACACA